AUGCCAUCUUUUCUGAGCAGCCGUUCUCGAAGCAGCGUGCUGGUGGCGUACCCUCCACCACCUUGCGUGGAGGAAGAACCCACCUCGCUUGCUCGAGAACUACACGGCCUCACCAAGCUGGUUGAAAAACCAGGCUUCGAGGGAACUCGCGUGAGAGGUACAGUCGACCAGUACCCAAUUAUUGUGGAUACGGGCUCCCCUGGUUCUUCUUUUUCAUCGCCUCCACCCGAUGCCUCCAAUGUGCCCGGGCUGGGGAAUGUGUCUUCAGACGACAGCAGCGGACCGGUCACACCACCUCCCAUGGUCCAGGAACCAGCAAUCCGCACAAGCUCCAGACCACAGUCGCGGGAACGCUCAAGGAAUACGUCAUCGUCUGCUUCUUCUGCCUCGAGCCGGUCUCGAGGCCAUUCAUCUCAUAUGCAUCAUCAGUCAAGCCGUGACGCGAUUCCUCGACGCCACAGCCGUCCACCACCGCACUCGCGGGAUAGCAUAUCCAAGAAUGAGGUCCCGGCGCCAUUGGCUGUGUCUUGCUCGAGCAACUCUCGAGGUCGACCACUGCCCGCAACUCCACGGCAUUCUGAUCCUGGAGUGAAUGUCUCGCGCCAAUCUCAGCCCCCGGCACAUUCACGAGACAGUCGUGCCACCAAACAUGAGGCUCCUGUUCAUUCCAUCCCCUAUGGAUCACGAGAAGUGCGUCCUGAAAGGCCUCGUUCUCGGUCUCGUGGACCGGUCAACGAACGGGCCCAUUCAAGCCAGUCCGCGCCACCUAUCAGCCAGUCCAAGACUGUGCGAGCUGAAAGCACUGGAGACCAAAGAUCCUCGGCGCAUGAAAACUCACGACGUGAAUCGCCGCCGGGUUAUAUGUCUGAUUCAAAUGCGGUACGUAACAGAGCAUCUUCUCACCACCCUCCGCCUGCACCACGAGUGCCGGAGAAGAUACCUAUCGAGAAGCAGACUAGCCCGACGCUCGCUGAGCGAAUCGAGGAAAAGCUUCGCCAGCGUCAAGAGCGACGCGACACGGGAAUGUCAUCGGAUACAGAGACUCGCUCGAAAGCUCCAACUGUAAUCAUUAAGCCGGGCGAAUCAAUCUUGAAGACCUCGAUUCCUGCUUCGGCGCCCAUUUCGCCCUCUCGUGAUCCUCACGCCUCGGCCCCAGCUUCACGACCCAGAGCCGCGACUGUAAGCUCGGCUCCGCCGCCUACUCUGUCUCGCUCGAAAUCCAAGACUGGAGAGCGCCCAAAAUCUAUUCUGGUCAAUGGAACUCAAUCUGGAUUCAGCCAACCUCCGCGUACUCCGGGAUCGGUCAAGUUCCAAGACAUACCAACGGAGAAGCCGACAACGUCCCAGGUUCUAGCCCAAGUCCCAGUCCCAGCUCCAAGCCGGCAAAUUAGUCCACCACGGCGUCCUUCAAACCCCACGGGUCUAUGCAUCACCCCAUGCCCCCGUUCAGCUCCGACGGCAGGCCAAACAGACUGGUACACCCUCAAGGGCCUCACCCAUCUAGACAUCUGCCCAUCCUGCAUGGGCCAGAUCGCCCACUCUCGUUUCCGCGACUUCUUCAUCCCCAGCCUUGCGAAACCCCCAACCCAGAAAACUCGCUGUGCCUUCGCAAACCCAUGGACCCGUCUUUCCUGGACCCAGAUGAUCAAAAAGAAACACGACAGCCUCGAAAUGCUCUACCAAAUGACGCGUCCGCCUCCGGGAAGCCGCGCCUGCCCAGGCCGAGUCGUCACCAACCAAACCUGGUACCGUAUCAUCGACCCAGAGACGAACGUCUACCUACCCCGGUUCCACAUCUGCGGCACCUGUGCCCGCAAUGUUCGCGUUCUGAUGCCUGCACUCCGCGAUACUUUCCAACAUUGUCCAGAACCCCAAGAACGCGCCUGCGACUUCGUCACUACUAGCCCGCGCUUCGUGCAGUUCAUCGAUCUCCUCGACGAUGCCUCCUCGUGCGCCGAGGAAGAUCCAUCACGCCGACCCGAUGUCCGCGAGUUCUUGAGCUAUGCUCGCCGGAAGAUUGUUCUCCGUGACUGUCGUCGCGAUAGACCCACACUCGGCGCAUGGCACUAUAUCCCGUCUCUACCGGAACUAAGCGUCUGCGAAGACUGCUACGAUGAGGUUGUCUGGCCCCUUGCCAAACGCAACCGUCCUAUCGCACGGAUGUUCUGUACGUCUAUGAGGCUAUUACCCGGUGAUGGACCACGGAGCUGUCGCGAGGCGAGCUGUCAGCUGUAUUCUGCGCGCAUGAGGGCACGCUUCAGGGAUGCGGUUGCCAAAGAUGAUUUUGCAGAGCUGCAGUCUGUGGCCCUGAGACGGUAUGAGGCAGAGAGGAGAUUUAAGGAUCGGAGAGAGGAGUUGCUUAUUGCGGAGGGGAAAGGGUAUGAUUGUGAUGAGGAGAUGAGGAAGGCUGUUGGGGAGUGGCGGAGGUGGGAGUGA